AUCACAAAGCGGUGUAUAGCCAUGAACAAGAAUCACAUUCUAUUAACAGAGCUCGACUGUCUGACAUGAGAAACACUUCAUUCCCCAUAUGUAGCCUAAUGGUUCACAUGCCUAUUUGAAAUCCCAUGAAGUCGGCCAACACAGUAUACAGUAAGGAAACAGAUUUAGCCUAGCCUACUUCUGGACUAGUCUGCAUGAUCUCCAAACGGAAUACUAAACAACUGUUUGAAGUUGUUACAUCUUGAGAACGGCAACAGUCGAUCAUUGCAGCGGUCCACGAAUUGGUUGAAAUCGCUUACGCCUCGUGUUGUGACACGCGCCACCAUCGUGAUCAUUUCUUCGCCUUGACUUCACAUACAACUACCACGACGGAAAGGCCAGCCAUGGUGAACAGCCGGGUGGAGGCAUCAGCCGUGGCGGUGACAGGCGGCGGCUCGUCAGGCAGGUCCUGCGCGGGCUGCGGCGGGCGCAUCGCCGACCGCUUCCUGCUCUUCUCCAUGGAGCGCUACUGGCACACGCGCUGCCUCAAGUGCUCCUGCUGCCACGCCCAGCUGGGUGAGAUCGGCACCACCUGCUACAGCAAAGGGGGCAUGAUCCUCUGCAAGAACGACUACAUCAGGCUGUUCGGGCACAGCGGGGCAUGCAGCGCCUGUGGCCAGUCCAUCCCUGCCAGUGAGAUGGUGAUGCGGGCACAGGGCAACGUGUACCACCUCAAGUGUUUCACCUGUGCCACCUGUAGGAACCGGCUAGUGCCGGGCGACCGCUUCCACUACGUUAACGGCACCAUCUUCUGUGAGCACGACAGGCCAGGGGGCGCUCUACUCCGCAGUCACAUGACCCCACUGCAGGGGAACGGCAUGAUGCCUGACCAGAAGGUGUGCUGAAGAAGGAUGGAUGACAAAGCAACGUGUGCCUUUUCCCCCCACAUCCUGCUCUUCCUCCUCCAUCUUUAAGUUUGUCCUAUACCAUCCAUCCCUUCGUUCAGAUAUUCCAAAAUCCAUACUCCGGAUACUGCUGCCAGUGUCCAGUGGCUUUCUUAACACGUCAUUCCCAACAAAAUGAUAUUUCUUCUGUUCAUAGAGAAUCAUKUUCUCAACCUUCAAGGGGAAGAUGCUGAGGAGGGAAAGACUAUAUAUGAGGAUGAUUUAUACUGUCAAGCCAGUGUCCAUGCCCUGAGAUGGCAUUUCCAGUGAUGGACCAUUCACUUUCCUUAGCCAGCACAUAACACUACAGGGAGAGAGAAGACACGGACUAAUACGGAAACACGUAUAAACUGGUUCUGGUCAGGGCUGCUUCAACCAAGCUACAGUAUACUGACUCUUGAAACAGGAAGAGCACAUUCAAACAAGACAGGCCACACGAAUACACAGAUGCACCACUUUCUGAGCUCAGACUCUCUAGACCCUUUCAUGUGUUGCGAGAAACAGGAAAUACUGUGGUUGCAGUGCUAUGYUGCCGUAGCUGUGGUUCACUCGACUGGUGAGUUGGGACGAACAAGUAAAGAUCAAAUACACCUGGCUGGAUGUCUCAUUUACAUAAAAAAUAUAUACUCUCUGUGUACAAAAUGUAAGAAAGUCUAUAGAAUAUUCAUCAAAACACACCUUUUAGUCCCAUGAUUAUUUUGUACUACAAGUGGUUGCMUUUUUGUAGAUUUUCUUUGAUAUUUAGUUAUGUUUUCAGUUGAAAAUGGCUUCUGGGGUUAGGACAUUUACUCAUGUUUAUGGGAACAUAGAAAUUAUGCAUUUUGUAAUUGUCGUUUUUCAAAUUUUUUUUACUCCAGUGACAAUUGUWAUUCCAACAUGACUUCGCAGCUGUGCUCCAUAUGUCCUAAAUGUAUUCUCGUAUGUGUGGUGGUGGAAGAGGAGAAGGUCCAAGUUGAACUGGUCCACAUUUAACCUGGGUCAUGUUGAGUAGGGCUCACUGUAGCAGUUUCUGAAAAGAAAAAUAAAUGUUUCUUAUUGGA